GCGUUUUUCGUUGAUCUGUCAAAAGUUCAUCGUGUUGUAGAAAUGUUUUUUAUUUACUCUUCAUUAAUUUAAUUGUAUUUAUCACAGAAUCAGAGUGUUUUGUGGCAUUUUAGACUAAAUAGUGUCUAGUAAACAUGAAGGCAAAUAAGUCUCCUGACGGUGUAGAAGUUACACCAUCGAAAAAGAAGUUAAAGCAAGGACGGCUUCCUUUCAUGUUAAUCAGUGAUGUUUCGCCGAAGGCUGCUGCUCCUGAAGGACGUAAGAGAAAGCUAUCUGUGCCUGACGUGGAGCCUGUAACUAAGGUUGGUAAAAUUAGUAAGGAGAAUGAUUUGACCGACGAUUUGGUUGUAAUCAGUGAUGACGAUGGCAAAGAUACAUCAAAGCCUCAGAAUGACGAUAAACCUCAGAACCCUUACGUGAAGUUGGUAGAUACAGCAUGGAAAAAGAAACUACAGAAGGGUAAAACCCCGAAAAAAUCUAAGCAAUCUACAAAAAAGCUUUCAAAGGGCAAGAAUAGAUGUUCCAAAGAAAACACUGCAGAAAAUGUCCAUGACAAGGAGAGUGCUGAUGUUGAAAUGGUGGAAGUCGAAGUGCAAGUCCAUAAAGAACUAACAAAAAAUGAUUCCAACGACCAAAGCUUGCCAAAUGCUAACAAGGAAGCACUGCAAAAUAACGAAAGUGAUCCCAAAACCGACCUUUCGUCAGAUAAUAAAGAUUUACAAUCAAAGGAGUCAGAAACGUCAUACAUACGAAAGACCCGACCUGGUAAAUCCAGUAAUAAAUACAAGUCUUCAUUGAGAGCUAAAAAUUCACUAGAGAAAUCAGUAAACUCUGAAUCUUUCCAAGAAGCUAAACCAUCACCUCAAAAAUCUGUAAAGGAACCAUCACCUGCUGUCACAAGUUCAUCUGUGAAACCGACGCAAAUUGAAAGUGAAAUCAUAUCUAUAGAUGAUUCAAAUAAUUCCUCAGAUGUCCAUAAGGACGAGCCUAAUAUAAAAGAGAGUUUCCAAGAACCUGAGCAGUCUUCAGAUACAGAACAUGGCAAAACUAUUGAAAAUGAACAGAAAAUAAAUGAUAAUACUGUGACUCCAAAACGCAGUACAAGAAACAAGACAAAAUUGGAAGAAACAAAUACAUCCAUUAUUUCGACAGCUAGUUCCAAACUUGACGAGUCAAUGUCAUCAACACCUGGGACUCCUAAACAAAACAAAAGUUCAGUUAAUUUAGACGAAUCCAUGAAUGACUCAACAGCAAACUUAUCAAACAUCUCUGUUAGUAAUUUAACUCCUAAACAACUACAAAAGAAAAUAGAAUCUGCAAAAAAGAAAGAAGAAAGAGAAAAAGAAAGAUUGGAGCGGGAAAAGAAAAAACAACAAGAGAAAGAUGAAAGAGCCAGACAGAAACAGGAAAAGGAGGAUCAAAGGAAAAAAGAACGAGAAGAGAAAGAGGAAGAGAAAGAGGAAAAAGAAGAACAAAAAAAGAAAGAAAGAGAGGACAAAGAGGAGCAAAAAAGAAAAGAAAAAGAGGCACGGGAAGAGGAGAAGCGAAAAAAACAAGAAGCAUUAGAACUGGAAAAACAGGAACAAGAGCUUAAGAAGAAGAAGGCAGCAGAAGCAUUUGUUAACUUCUUUGUACCUAAACAAAAAAUUGAAAAGGAGCAAGUAGGUCCUGUAAGCAAAAGCAGUGUUCUAUCCAGCUUCACAAUUAAAGUUGAUAUGAGACUAGCUCCUAUUAUCAGAGUAGAUUUGUCUACUGUGAAGAAAGAAGCUCUAGACAAGUGUCUCAACGAGCAAAACACAUCAGAAAGCUAUCUUAAAUGCUUGAAGGAAGGAACUAGUAAACCACUGUCAAGUGGUAAAACAUGGCCAAUGAGUGAUAAAGAUGAUGAUGAUGUUAUGAUUGUUGAAGAUGAAUUGCCUCCAAUAGAUAGUACUGGAGAGAUUAUAACCUGCGAUUCAGUACAACGUGAGAAACUACGCCCGAAACUGCUGAGUUUCCACGAAAACCGUCGUCCGCCGUACUGGGGCACUUGGAGAAAAAAGAGCACUUUUGUCAAGCCAAGAAGACCGUUUGGGCAGGAGAAGCAACUAGACUAUGAAGUGGACAGUGAUGAUGACUGGGAGGAAGAACAGGAGGGUGAGAGCCUGGAUGGCAGCGCGUGCGGCAGCGACGACGAUACAGGCGCUGAUGAUUAUGAGAUCGACAAUGAAGUGUUCGUGCCUCAUGGCUAUCUUAGUGACGAGGAAGCAACAAUGGACAAGGAAGACAUGUUAUCCCUCACGCCAGAAACGCAAAAAGCGAGAUUGAAGCAUCUUGAGGACGAAUUCGAGACUGAGUUGAAAAAACCAACAGAGAAAUUGAAACCUAGACUGUAUGGCCUCCUUUGGGAGGAUGCUAAUGGUGGGAAACCAGAAAACUGCGUUGACGCACUUUGGAAUUACUUUGGGAAGUUCUCUAUGAUUAUGAAUGAUCCGACAUCUUUACUACAGCCGGCUAAUGAGCCAGAGGAAGGCGAAAAGAAAAAAGUAAAGAAGAAGAAAAUUGUAAUAGAAGGAGAAGAACUGAGUGCUAAAACUGAGAAAAAGAAAAAGGCAAAAUCCGAAAACAAGGAAAGCAAAAAGCCUAAACCAGAACCUAAGAAAGCUGUGGCUAAUCAACCAGGAAUAAACUCAUUCCUAACUAAACUGAAGACUACAUGAAUUUGUCUAGAUUGUUUUCUUGAUAGAUUUUAAGUUAAUUAUUUUCAAAUGUAUCUUUUGAUAAGAUCUUUCAUAUUAAAGUAACAUGUAAAGCUGUAUUCUAUUUCUAUUUUUUAUUAUGGUG